AUGUUUUGCAUCGAACGCUCCAGUAGACAAGCCGGUCGCAACUUUUCACAGAAUAUUUGAACCGUGACAAAAGAUUUUCGGUAGGGGAAAUUUUGAGUUGCAUCGGAAAAAAGAGGCUAAAUAACGGAAAAAUAAAAGAUAAACAAAAUGGUCUUCGUCAGGACAUUAGUGUCCGCAUUAUUGCUUGCAACAGUCAAGGGAAUUCCCUUUCCAUUCCCGUACCCAUACCCCUUUCCAGACCCACAAUGUUGUGCCCCUGGGCCUUCAUGCUCGAAUCCAUGCCCACCAAUGAUGAUGCCCCCACCCCCACCACCUGCACCUUGCUGCAUGCCAGCACCAACUUGCAUGAACCCUUGCCAGCCUGGUCAGAUGCCACCAAACCAGCCUAUCGUUUUUGCACCAUAUCCAGGUGAAAUCACAUUCAAAUUAAUGCAAAAGUGGAACCCAGAGUAUCUUGACUCAAUGACUGCAGCUUUCCAAAUACUCGAAGGAAACGUCCGAAGAGCUAUUCAAACCGUACUUGGACCAAUGACUACUGUUAACAAUGUUUACUUCAGAGAGGGAUACGUCCCCGGUAAUCCAACCGCAAGACCAAAGGUUGUAGUACAUUGUAUGGUCAACGGUGGAUCAGAUGCUGCAUCACUUUUAGAAAUGGCAGUUACACCUGAUGGAACGCUAGGAGACGGACUUAAAGUUUAUAAAGACUCUUUCAAUGCUUAUUAAGGGGAAAUUCGAACAAUUUUUGUACAGAUUUGACAUGUUCUUAGCACCAAAGACUGUCUUUUUGGAAGAUGUUGGUCUAUUCCAGAUGUCUUGUUUUCAAGAAAAGCGUUUUUACGUUAGAUUUUGUCAGCAGAUUAUAAUGCUAUGUCUGUAACGAUUUCAUUGAAAUAACUUCUUAAGAGUUGAAUGAAUUUAUUAUUACCUCAGUGAUAGAAAGCUAGCCCAUCACAGCACCUUACGUAUUUCUCAGAGUCAAAAUAAACGAUGGUGUUGAAAAUGUAAAAAACAAUCACUUUAUAAUGUAACAAAUGCUGAAUUACGUUAUACGUUGUACUAUUUGUCGGUCGAUUGUCACUUGACAUUGGGAAAUUCAAGAUAAAGCAAAUUUUUUCGUUCAUUAAAGCUGUUACUUUUUGUAAAAUACCAUUUUCCUAUUUAUGUAUCUAGUCAUGUUCUGAUAAAGCAGCCUUGAUAGUGCAAAAGACAUGUAAGAAAAUAUUUUAAAGCCUUGGUGAAAGAUUAUAGCGGCCAAGAACCAUAUUUUCAGAAAAUGAAAAAGCCAAAUCUACUGCUUUGUAAAAUGUUGAAGUCUGUAAUCUUCCACCAAAUAUCAUAUCCUUUUCAAGGUUGUGGCUUGUUCAUAUUUUUAGAUUGCUAACUUGUAUGUAAUUAAGUUCAAUCCGUCUUUUAUAUAACUUGUAAAACUCAAAGCAAA